GAUUUUUGGUGUUUUGUUUAGGUUUUAGAGGCGGCAAUUCUCCUGCAAAGAUGGCGCGGCCGAUUUUUGUUGGAAACUUUGAGUACGAUAUUCGCCAAUCUGAGUUGGAACGCCUGUUCGGCAAGUAUGGAAGGGUGGAGCGUGUGGACAUGAAAUCUGGUUUUGCCUUCGUUUAUUUUGAGGAUGAACGCGAUGCAGCUGAUGCUAUACGUGGACUUGACAACACACCAUUUGGUUAUGACAGACGUAAGCUAUCAGUGGAGUGGGCUAGGGGGGAACGUGGUCGGCAUCGUGAUGGGUCCAGGUCAUUCGCAAACCAGAAGCCCACUAAGACCCUUUUUGUAAUUAAUUUUGAUCCAAUUCGCACUAGGGUUGAGGACAUAAAGAGACACUUUGAAAGAUAUGGAGAGGUUCUUCAUGUCAGAAUUCGGAGGAAUUUUGCAUUUGUGCAGUUUGAGACACAGGAAGAUGCUACCAAAGCCCUUGAGUGUACGCACAUGAGCAAAAUAUUGGACAGGGUGGUGUCAGUUGAGUACGCUUUGAGGGAUGACGGUGAGAGGGACGACAGAGAUGGUAGUCCUAGGAAAGGAAGUUAUUAUGGGAGGUCUCCUAGUCCUGUAUAUCGCAGGAGACCUAGUCCUGACUACGGCAGAGCUCGCAGCCCUGAGUACGAUAGGUACAAUGGCCCAGCUUUUGACAGGCGUAGGAGUCCUGAUUAUGGUAGGACUCGAAGCCCUGGGUAUGGCAGAUAUCGCAGUCGAUCACCAGUUAGAAGAUCCAGAACAUGAUGGGAUGUAACGGUUGAAGCAUACUGCUUUCUUCUAUGUGCAAUUGUGGACUCAUCUAGUUGCAAUAGCUUUAGAUCUGUCAUGUACAGAGAGCAUUUUGGCACACUGUAGUAUGAUUUUUAUUGCAUUCAGACUAUGUGGAUAUGACAGAUGAUUUUCAUCAAUCAAAACUGUUAGAAUGAUGUGAUUUUA